UAAGCGAGAUUCGCAGUGACUCCGCGUUCGAUCCCGUUGAAGUUUGUUUUUCCCCCGAAAAAACACUCCGUGCCGACUGCGUAGUCGCUUGCCGUGACUUCGAAAGGGACAAGCGCCGAAACAAAAUGAAGUUGACGGUGAGAGCGACAAAGGACAAAUACAACGUCGAAGUGGACGACGAUGCCGACGUAAAGACCCUCAGGGAAAAGGUGUCCGAUGAGGUAAAAGCGCCUGUUGACCAAAUUUGUCUGAUUUUCGCCGGGAAAAUUCUGAAAGACGGAGACCCUGUCACGUUGAAUGGCCUGAAGGAUGGCCUUACGGUGCAUCUGGUCAUCCGGAGUGGCAAUAAACCGGCUUCUGCCGCUCCAACGACAGCUACUAGUGGUUCCUCGACAACGACGUCUGCAGGAAGUGGGACAACCACGAGCCCCAAUCCAGGGAGCGAGAGUAUUCCCAACAUGUUCGGCAUGGGUGGACUCGGUGGUUUGGGAGGUCUCGAAGGUCUUGGCGGACUCGGUGGUCUCGGAGGACUCGGGGGGCUCGGAGGUCUUGGCACGGGAGAGGGUUCCCUCCAAGAGAUGCAACAGCAGAUGAUGAACAACCCAGAAAUGUUGGCUCAACUCAUGAAUAAUCCGUUCAUUCAAUCUGUCCUGUCGAACCCCGAGUACCUGAGAACAUUGAUAGGAGCGAACCCCCAGAUGCAAGAGAUCGUUGAGCGCAACCCCGAAAUCGGCCAUGUAUUGAACAACCCUGAAAUUCUCCGGGAGACCAUGCGAUUGGCUCGAAACCCUGCAGCUUUCCAAGAGAUGAUGAGGAAUCAGGAUCGAGCCAUAUCGAAUUUGGAGAGUAUUCCUGGCGGCUACAACCAGCUCCGCCGCUUGUACACCGAUCUGCAGGAGCCGAUGCUCGACGCUGCGCGGGAGCAAUUCGGAGGGAAUCCGUUCAGUAGUUUGUCAAAUAAUCGAGGAUCGGAUAAUUCGUCGAACACAAAUACAGCACCGUCCACGACGGAAAACCGUGACCCUCUGCCGAAUCCCUGGGCGCCUAGAUCGACAGGUGGAUCUACCGGUACGGGUGGUAGCGGUGCCAACACUGCAGGGUCAACUCCGUCGGCUCCGGGCUUGGGCUCGAUAAUGAAUCAGCCCGGGAUCCAGUCUCUGAUGACGCAAUUGCAAUCCAACCCCGAAAUGAUGCAAAACAUGAUGUCGUCACCAUAUAUGGAAGCCAUGAUGCAGUCUCUGGCAUCGAACCCACAGGUUGCGGAUCAGCUCAUCGCGAGCAAUCCCCUAUUCGCCAAUAAUCCCGCGAUCCAGGAGCAGAUGCGACAGAACCUUCCGCAGAUCCUCGAACAGAUGCAAAACCCUCAAAUGCGCCAGCUGCUCGCCAACCCACAAGCUCUGGACGCCAUUCGGAGGAUCCAGGACGGUAUGUCCGAGCUCAGCCGGAUCGCCCCGAAUGUUUUCGGUGGGCAAGGCCCCCUGGCCGGAUCCGGGAUCGGCACGACCACGGCUGCACCGAACACGACGGGAACCACGACUACUACCACCUCGAACAGCACGGCACCCAAUCCACCGCUCGGCGGAGAUUCCGAGGCAUUGGGAAGCCUCAUGGCGAAUCUACUCCAGGGUGGCUUGGGUAGGGCACCGACCGACGGAAGUCUGGGUACCGGUCUUGGCAAUCUUGGCGCUCAACCUCCCGAGGAGCGUUACAGAGCUCAACUAGAACAGCUGACAGCCAUGGGUUUCGUGAAUCGAGAAGCGAACAUUCGAGCUUUGGUGGCCUCGUUCGGCGAUGUUAACGGUGCCAUUGAAAGACUCCUCCAGUCGCAGUGAACAAAUUUACUCAAGAGGAAACAAGUGACAAAAUCAAACAGAAGAUACAGUAUAAUAAAUCAACAGUACCAUAA